CAGUAUAUGGCUAACCUACCCCAUGUAUAAUUUAGCAAUUAUUGUCCACAGAGGCCCAUGAGUGGGUAUCAACAACCGGCUACACUAUAAAUACUCAUUGCGGAGCUUCGGCGUUGCACCGAGGAUUUGCCGGUCGGUUUAGUCUUUCCCCGCGUUCAACCCCCACGUCCGGGGAGAUUCUGGAGCUGAGAUCGAAUCAAAAUGGAAGACUCGCAGUUGUUGAGGCAGAUGGAAUUGAUCUCUACCGGCUGUCUCGGCUCAUCAUGCGAUCUUGGCUGAAAUUCAGGCUGAAAACUGUCACGCAAUGGCGGUCAUUCAGGAACAAAAGGUCAGCGGACAGGCGCCUACCUGGGACGCACAUAAGCUGCCUUGGUGUACAUUUCAUUUCUCUCCUCCUUUCUAUUUUCUGUUCCAAUGGCUUUGAAAAGCAAUUCUCCCUCUUCUGGAGUAUUGUAUGACUUUUCAUGAGUCUCGAGUUUACUGUGCAGCAAUGCAGUCGUCUCUUUUCCGGGGCUGUCCCGCAAAGCUUCCCCGCAAUCUUCGCCCUCUACUACGUCCCCAGACCGCUCAUCGCUCUCCCCUAGGGCGCAGAUGGAACAGUAGAAGCGCAGGCGUGAAUGCUACACCGGAAUCAAGCUCUAUUCGAGCUGCCUCGCAAGCUACGUUCUGGACAACAGGACGUGUCCUUCUGGUUUCUGCACUGGCCAGUGGUGCCGCUUACGCCUAUGCGAGCUCCGGUGCUGGAUCUGUAACUGCGGACAGUACUCGAGAACCUCAAUAUGGGUCAUUACAGGACAUGGAAAAGGCCAUUGCGGAGCUGCGCACCAAGCUAGGUGACAACGCGGUCAGUACAGAUGAGGACGAUUUGCAAGAUCACGGAUAUUCAGAGUGGUCUACUGUCAACGCGGACCGAUUACCGGUGGCCAUUGCUUAUCCCAAGUCGACGGAAGACGUAUCAGAGAUUGCCGGAGUUUGUUCCAAGUACCGUAUGCCCAUGGUACCUUACUCUGGAGGCUCAAGUCUCGAAGCCAACUUUUCAGCUCCUUAUGGAGGCAUGACGAUCGACUUCGCUUUUAUGGAUCGGAUCCUCGCGCUGCACGAAGAGGAUAUGGAUGUAGUCGUCCAGCCUGCCAUACAGUGGAUGGAACUUAACGAACAACUCAAACACACCGGCCUCUUCUUCCCCGUUGACCCUGGCCCUUCGGCCAAGAUAGGUGGCAUGGUUGGGACAAAUUGCAGCGGCACGAACGCGGUCCGAUAUGGCACGAUGAAAGACUGGGUUAUUAAUUUGACCGUCGUGCUCGCGGACGGUCGCGUGAUCAAGACACGGAGACGUCCACGCAAAACAUCUGCUGGCUACAACCUGACGGGGUUGUUUGUCGGAUCGGAGGGCACACUUGGGAUCGUUACAGAGAUCACCCUGAAGCUGGCUGCCACUCCAGAGAAAACGCGAGUCGGUGUCGUCUCAUUCCCAUCCAUACGAGAUGCUGCAUCCACUGCGAUGCAAGUGAUCCGGAAAGGGGUCAUAGUACAGUCGAUGGAGAUACUCGACGACGUUCAAAUGGAUGUCAUCAAUCGUGCAGGUGGAACGAGUCGAACGUGGAAGAAGUUACCAACGCUCUUCUUCAAAUUCUCCGGAACUUCUGCAGGGGUAGAUGACAGCAUUAAUCUAGUGAAGACGAUAGCGAAGCAGAACAAGGCCCAGUCCUUCGACUUUGCCAAGGAUGAUCGAGAAGCUCAUGACCUAUGGUCAGCCCGUAAGCAGUCGCUGUGGAGUAUGUUGGCUUUGCGAAAAGAAGGCUCCGAGGUCUGGUCCACAGAUGUCGCAGUACCGAUUUCUCGACUACCUGACAUUAUCGAAGUAUCGAAGAAGGAAAUGGAUGACCUGGGUAUCUUCGCCAGCAUUCUCGGUCACAUCGGUGACGGUAACUUUCAUGAGAGCAUUAUGUACAACCGACACGAUCCUGUGGAGAAGGAACGCGUGGAAAAAUGUGUACAUGAUAUGGUCGACCGCGCUCUUGAAAUGGAAGGUUCUUGCACGGGAGAGCACGGUAUUGGUCUGGGAAAGAAAGAAUCACUGCUCAAGGAACUCGGCGUGGAUACGAUCGAUAUAAUGCGCAGCAUUAAGCGGUCUCUGGAUCCCCAGUGGAUCAUGAAUCCUGGCAAGAUCUUUGAUUCAACACGCGAAGUGAAACCGUUAGACACUUCCGAAGUCGAGUCUGCCAGACUGACUGGAGCUAAGCGAGGCGAUAAGUCAUAAGGUAUCGACUAGGAAUUACGGGUUUUGCAUUUUCAAUGAUAGAAUAUAUAUAUUUUGCAUGAAUAUUCCAUGUUACUGAGGAUGUGUACGCUGUAAACUCCAUCUCUGGUGGUUGAAAUUGUUUUAUUGAUGACUAAGCACGGUCC